AAAAUCGAUAUUGGGGAAAUGCAUAGCGAAUCUAAAAUGAAUUGUCAACUUUGACAGAUUGUCAGAUUAGUUAUUAAAAAAUAUCUAACCUAGAAAUACACAAACUGAAAAUAAUAAACUUUUUACUUUCUAACUCACUUUUCCGGCCAAGUUUUAUUACAGCAGAUCUAACGAUGCCCAUAAAAGAUGGUAGACCUAAGCCAGUGGAUAUUAUGUUCUCUGAAGAAGACCUUCCUUAUGAAGAAGAGAUCCUCAGGAAUCCCUAUUCAGUAAAGCAUUGGCUUCGGUAUAUUGACCAUAAGAAAAAAGCCCCAAAACAUGGUGUCAAUCUUAUAUACGAACGUGCCCUUAAAGAACUGCCCGGGUCAUAUAAAUUAUGGUAUAAUUACCUAAGGAUAAGACGGCAACAAGUUAAAAACAGAUGUAUCACAGAUCCAGGUUAUGAGGAGGUUAAUAACGCAUUUGAAAGAGCUCUAGUUUUUAUGCACAAAAUGCCUAGGAUUUGGAUGGACUAUUGCACCUUCUUAACUGAUCAAAAUAAGAUAACUAGAACCAGGAAGGUGUUUGAUAGGGCUCUUAGGGCACUGCCAGUGACACAACAUCAUCGAAUUUGGCCUUUGUAUUUGGUUUUUGUGAAAAAACAUGACAUUCAUGAAACAGCUGUAAGAGUCUUUAGGAGGUACUUAAAACUAUUUCCAGAAUAUGGUGAGGAGUAUGUAGAGUUCCUUAAUGAUGUGGGGAGGUUGGAUGAGGCAGCUAUUAUCUUAGCAAAACUGGUGAAUGAUGAAAAUUUUGUGUCUCAAAAUGGAAAGUCGAAACAUCAGUUAUGGAAUGAGCUCUGUGCUUUGAUAUCUAAUAAUCCAGAUAAGGUUCAGUCUUUAAAUGUUGAUGCUAUUAUAAGAGGUGGUCUAAGAAGGUACACAGAUCAACUGGGUCAUCUCUGGAACUCCCUAGCAAACUACUAUGUUCGUAGCGGUCUCUUUGAUCGCGCUAGAGACGUUUAUGAAGAAGCCAUACAAACCGUCACCACUGUACGAGAUUUUACGCAAGUUUUUGAUGCUUAUGCCCAGUUUGAAGAGCUAAGUCUGAGUAAAAGGAUGGAGGAAAUCUCGAAAAUCUCUGAGCCAUCCGAUGACGACAAUAUUGAUUUAGAAUUGAGACUUGCUAGAUUCGAGCAUUUGAUGGAAAGGAGAUUAUUACUGUUAAAUUCCGUUUUGCUCAGACAAAAUCCGCAUAAUGUACAGGAAUGGCAUAAACGAGUUCAACUGUAUGAUGGUAAACCACAUGAAAUAAUCAACACAUAUACUGAAGCGGUCCAAACAGUGCAACCUAAAUUGGCCGUUGGGAAAUUACAUACUUUGUGGGUUGAAUUUGCGAAAUUUUAUGAGAAAAAUGGGCAAGUUGAUGAUGCAAGAUUAAUUUUUGAAAAGGCUAUUGAAGUACAGUAUAUAAAAGUUGACGAUCUUGCUUCCGUGUGGUGUGAAUGGACUGAGAUGGAGAUUAGAAACGAAAAUUAUGAAGAAGCUCUUAAACUAAUGCACCGAGCCACAGUACUGCCUGCAAGAAAAGUAGCCUACCAUGACGAGUCGGAAACAGUACAGUCUCGCCUUUAUAAAUCAUUAAAAGUGUGGUCCAUGUAUGCCGAUUUAGAAGAAAGUUUCGGCACCUUUAAAUCCUGCAAAGCCGUCUACGAUCGGAUCAUAGACCUCAAAAUCGCCACGCCGCAAAUAAUUAUAAAUUACGGCGUGUUUUUGGAGGAAAACAACUAUUUCGAAGAAGCAUUCCGGGCAUACGAGAAGGGUAUAUCGCUGUUUAAAUGGCCGAACGUUUAUGACAUAUGGAAUACUUAUUUAUCGAAAUUCCUCAAACGUUAUGGAGGAACAAAACUGGAGAGGUCAAGAGAUUUGUUCGAGCAGUGUUUAGAGAAAUGCCCGCCGCAAUUUGCUAAACAUUUGUACUUGCUUUAUGCCAAGUUGGAAGAGGAACACGGGAUGGCUAGGCACGCAAUGGCAGUGUAUGAAAGAGCUACAAAGGCCGUUCCAGAAAACGAAAUGUUCGAGGUAUUCAACAUCUACAUAAAAAGAGCAGCGGAAAUUUACGGUAUACCAAAGACACGCCAGAUAUACGAAAAAGCCAUCGAAGUUUUACCGGAAAAUCGCACCAGGCAGAUCUGCUUAAGGUUCGCCGAUAUGGAAACAAAACUCGGAGAAAUCGAUAGAGCUCGAGCCAUUUACUCUCACUGCAGCCAAAUAUGCGAUCCUCGUGUCACCACAGAAUUUUGGCAGACUUGGAAAGAGUUUGAGGUUAGACAUGGAAACGAAGACACGAUGAGGGAAAUGUUGAGGAUUAAGAGAAGCGUACAGGCUACUUAUAAUACUCAGGUAAACAUGAUGUCAGCUCAAAUGUUAAGCUCUGCUUCGUCAAUGACUGGAACAACGGCCGAUCUUGCUCCUGGUGAGAAAGACGGCAUGCGUUUGUUAGAGGCUAAAGCCGCUGAGAUGGCCGUAGGUUCUUCGGGAGCACAACGUUCCGGUAAUAUAAUGUUCGUAAGAGGAGAGACCCAAGGCGACAAAAAGGAUAAAGUUGUUAAUCCAGAUGAAAUCGAUAUUGAUGACGAAGAUGAUGAUGAGGAAAUGGAAGAGGAACCAGAGGCACCAAUUGAAACUAAGAGUGUCCCGUCUGAAGUAUUUGGAGGAUUGAAAAAAACAGGAGAGGAGAAGGAAGAUUCAGAAUAAGAGGGGAUAGAUUUUGAUUGUAAGAACAUUAAGUGAAUUUAGGGUAGACUGCUAAAUGAUUGGCACCAUUAAUCAACCAUCGCUCUUUUAAGACCCUUAUUGUAAAACAUAAUUAUAAGAAUAUAUUUAGUUUCUUGGGUCAGAUACUUAAAAAUAUUUCAUAGUAUGCAAUUAAAUUAAUUAUAAUCGCUAAAAGCAUAAUUUGUGUAAAUUAUUGAUUAAAAAAAUUUGCUAAUUA